AUGAAAAAAAAAUAUUUAAAUUGCUUAAAAUACGCUUUUGCUAAAGAUAGGGGAAAUUAUGCUGGGGUUGGGAAUAAGCAUAACUUAACUUUAAAUGAAAAAUUUUAUAUGACACACCGUCGUUUUAGUAAUGAGAAAGGAAGAAAAGAUGAACAUUUUAUUCACGAUUUUGAUUUUAUGGAAUAUUUUUUAUCAAAUUAUGAAGAUCAAUCAAGCCCAAUAUCCAAAAGGGAACAUACAUAUAAUGAAAAUACCAAUGAUAAUGGUAAAUUUAUAACUAUUGUUUUAAAUAAUAUUUUAUGUAAAAAUUCCUCUAAAAUUAUUAACAAGUCAGAUAUAUUAAUAUGCGCUGAUGGAGGUGCUAACAGAUUAUAUAAUUUAUACAAAGAUAUAGACAGACUUGAAAAAACAAAUAAUAUAAAUAACGAUCAAAAUGAAAUAGAAGACAAAUUAUCAAAUUUGUUUAAUAAAACAAUUAAAAGAGAUCAAGAAUUCAAAAAUGAAAUAUCUCAAGUCGAAAAAAAAAAUAAUUUUAAAUAUUAUCCUAAAAUAUUACCAGAUUUAAUUUGUGGUGAUUUUGAUAGUAUAAACAUAAAUGCCUAUAAUUUUUAUAAAAAGAAUAAUGUUUUAUUUGAAAAGUGUGCUGAUCAAAAUAAUACAGAUUUGGAUAAAUGUAUUGAUAAAAUAAAAAAUCAUGUUAAAAAAAAUGAUAAAAUAUUUAUAUUAGGAGCUACAGGAAAUCGGUUUGAUCAAACAUGUGCUAAUAUUUCCUCUUUAUAUAAAAAUCCGUUAAAAAAUAAUUUAUAUUUAAUAGGUGAAAAUAAUUUUUUGUUUUUAUUAAAAGAAGGUAAACAUAUAAUAAAUGUUAAUCCAAAUGUUUUUGAAAAAACAUGUGCAUUAUUACCUAUUGGAAAUAAAUGUAAAAUUAAAACAGAAGGAUUGAAAUAUAACUUGAAUUAUGAAUAUUUAAGUUUUGAUAAAUUAAUUAGCUCAUCAAAUGAAAUCACACAAACUAGUAUAGAAAUUUCCACAGACUUUCCUGUCUUAUAUAAUUGUUAUUUAAAGGACUUAUGA